CCUGAAGUUAACCCUAUCCCAGGCCGACUCCCGGGAGUGGGGAAGUGGGGUUCUGUGGGCAGGGUCCUGACGCUCCAGCCCCCAGCUGGGAGUCCUCCUCUGGGCCCCAGCUGGCAGUCCCGAGCACGUGCCAACCGCGUAUGCAGGAGGGUGCCCCACACCUGCCGGCGUCUUCUCCACCCGCAGCUGUGAGACCGAUACUCCCCCAAUCCCGGAAGGCGCUCCGCACCUGCCGCGGCCGCACCCCAUCUCCCUGCAGCUGGAAGGCUGCGCACCCUCAUGCCGAGAGGCCUGCGACCGGGGCAGGCCGUAACUCAAUGGACUCUGGGGGCAUCGUGAAGGCAUUUCCCAAGCGAAAGAAUAUUCAUGCCAAUCCAUCAUCAAAAGCACUUGCAAAGAUUCCCAAGAGGGAAGAAGGAGAAGGAACAGGAGAGUGGUUGAGCUCCCUGCGGACCCAUGUUGUGCCCACUGGCAUUGGGCGAGCGCGGGCAGAACUCUUUGAGAAGCAGAUUGUCCAGCAUGGUGGCCAGAUAUGCCCUGCCCAGGCCCCAGGGCUCACUCAUAUUGUGGUGGAUGAAGACAUGGAGUGUGAGCGAGCCCUCCGCCUCCUUAGGCUGCCCCGGCUGCCGUCAGGGGUUCAGCUGGUAAAGUCAGCCUGGCUGAGCUUAUGCCUGCAGGAGAGAAGGCUGGUGGACACGGCAGGAUUCAGCAUCUUCAUCCCCGACAGGUACCUGGACCAACCACAGCUCAGUAAGGCAGACCAAGACUCUUCUCCUUCUCCCGGAGCCUGUGAGGGUCUGCCCAGGACAGCCCUCUCUCCUCCCUCUCCUCCCACCAGACCAGUAUCUCCUCCCCAGAAGGCAGAGGAAGCCUCAAGCACCCACGCCCAGCCCGGCUCUGAGGAUGAAACCAGUGACGGGGAAGAGACCCAGGUUAGCGCAGCUGAUCUGGAAGCCCUGAUCAGUGGCCGCUACCCCACCCCUCUUAAGGGAGAUGGUGAGCCUAGCCCAGCCCCCGAGGGCCUGGAAAAGUGGGUCUGUGCACAGCCUUCAAGCCAGAAGGCUACCAACCACAACCCCCACAUCACAGAGAAGCUGGAAGUGCUGGCCAAAGCCUACGGUGUUCAGGGCGACAAGUGGAGGGCCCUGGGCUAUGCCAAGGCCAUCAAUGCCCUCAAGAGCUUCCACAAGCCUGUCACCUCCUACCAGGAGGCCUGCAGUAUCCCCGGGAUUGGGAAGCGGAUGGCCGAAAAGAUUGUAGAGAUCCUGGAGAGCGGACAUCUGCGGAAGCUGGACUAUAUCAGCGAUAGUGUGCCUGUCUUGGAGCUCUUUUCCAACAUUUGGGGAGCUGGAACCAAGACUGCCCAGAUGUGGUACCAUCAGGGUUACCGGAGCUUAGAAGACAUCCGCAACCAGGCCUCCCUGACUACCCAGCAGGCCAUCGGCCUAAAGCAUUACGAUGACUUUCUGGAACGCAUUCCCAGGGAAGAGGCUACAGAGAUCGAGCAGACAGUAAGCAAGUGUCUCAGAGAAGUCCGGGAAUCCGCUCAGGCCUUCAGUCCUGGGCUGCUGUGUGUGGCAUGUGGUUCCUACCGACGGGGGAAGGCAACCUGUGGGGAUGUGGACGUGCUGCUCACUCACCCGGAUGGCCGGUCUCACCAGGGCGUCUUCAGUCGUCUCCUUGACAGCCUUCGGCAGCGAGGGUUCCUGACAGACGACUUGGUGAGCCAGGAGGAGAACGGCCAGCAGCAGAAGUACUUGGGUGUGUGCCAGCUCCCAGGGCCAGGGCGGCGCCACCGCCGACUGGACAUCAUCGUCGUGCCCUACAGUGAGUUUGCCUGCGCCCUGCUCUACUUCACCGGCUCUGCCCACUUCAACCGCUCCAUGCGGGCUCUGGCCAAGACCAAAGGCAUGAGCUUGUCGGAGCAUGCCCUCAGCACCGCUGUGGUGCGGGACACCCACGGCCUCAAGGUGGGGUCUGGCCGAGUGCUUCCCACCCCUACGGAGAAGGAUGUCUUCAAGCUCUUAGGCCUCCCCUACCGAGAGCCAGCCGAACGGGACUGGUGACCCGUGGCUGGACCAGCUGCCCCACUUGGCCAUCCAGUCCUCCGCUCUCACCUCCGCUGGCUAAACCUCUCUACUUCAACCACCAGCUCCCCGGGCGUGAGAGAAACGGUCACCCCAGCUGCCACAGUCUUCCCAGCCCUCCUCCCUUCUACCCCAGUGUUGCACAUGGCCCCUUGCCCCAUUUGAAGCAGGAGCAGGGGCUGCUUUGAAGCCAGCUUCCUGUGCUGCAGGCCCAGGCACCCCCUCUUCCUUACCUUGAGGAGGGUCUGGCUGCUGGAAGCGGGAUGGGGAACAUAGGGGGAGAGGCAAGCAGCUGGGGCCCAGCAUCACCCAAGACCCUGAAGCAGAAGGAGCCAUGUACUCCCUCCACCCACCCCACUUCCGGUGCAGCUGGAGGUGUUGGGAGGGGGUGCCCCAAGCUCAGUGAGGACAGCAUCUGAAGGCCCAGGGGCCCAAUAAAGUGCAUUUGACAUUCGA